CAGAAAAUGGUCGGAUUGUGUGUCGAUGUCUGACACGUACUUCGCAAAAAAUCGUAAAUAAUCUCAAUAAAGUUUAUCAUGCUGUUGUGACUGAUUUCUAAUUAUUAUUAACACAAAACCGAAACACUAAAAAUGGAGUUUCGUGAAACAUUAUUAGCUGCUCAGCGAAAUCAACAACAGAAGUCAUCUGAAAGUUACUAUUACAAAGCACGGUUUGAUCCACCCAAAAAGGAACAAAAGGUAAAAGAUAAACUUUCAGCAAACAUACAAAAGUUUCUGGCUAAAAAAGAAGAGGAGGAGAAACAGAAACAGUUGGAGGCUCAGAGGAAGCGCGAGGAGCUGAUUGCUAUGCGGGAUCCUAAAGCUUUAAGAAAGAUUCAAAAGACUUUAAAAGUAAUUAAAUCCGCCAAUAAGUCUGUAUUAGAGGAUGCUGUUGAUAGAAAUGACACAGCCGUCACUCGGGAUGGGCCUGAGCAACCUGAUCAGGAUGAUUAUGGUUAUGUGUCUCAGGAGGCGACUGCUCUCUAUGAGAAAAUGAUGGAGAAAUACAGUAAAAUUCCUGAUGAACCAAAAUUUUCUACAAAAAUGCAUUCAGUGAGCAAAGAUCUCAAUGGAACACGGGAAAGAGUCAAGAAUGCUUUGCAACAUGAAGAUGAACCAGUGCCACAUAAAAGAAGACGAAGGGGUGAUAAUGAUAAAGAGCUAAGUCCACCUCCAAAAUAUGAGCCAGAAAGGAGAAAAGAUGAGAAAUCGGAAAAGCCGAAAAUAAGAAAACCGGCCCCACCACCAAUGGACUUCAAUCAACUACUCAAACUCGCUGAGAAGAAAAAGAGUGAACCUAUUGAUGUAGUAGCAAAGAAACUGCAAGCUGAGCCAGAACCUGACCGCUUAAUGACUAAGAAGCAGAAGAAAGAUUACGAAGAUGAAAUGGCUCGCCGUCAACGUCGACAGGAGCGGAUUGAUGCGGAAAAGGGAUUGUCACGGAAAGCCCCAAGAGACGAGAAACCUGUGGAAAGAGAAAAGAAACUGGAUUCCAGUGGUAUCGGCCGUAUACCAAAGCUUGGUGAUAAGAACUCUGCAAAUCAAAGAAGUGAAAAUUCAAAACUUCCUGAGAGAGAGAAAGACCGCGGUCCGAGUGAGAAGGAAAAGGCUGAAAGACUUCAACGAGAGAAAGAAAGAGCUAAACUAGAAAAACAUAAGGCUGAAAGAGAAAAAGAGCGACUAGAUAGGGAACGGUUAGAAAAAUUGAAAGCAGAGAGAGAAAAAAUUGACAGGGAUAUAGAGCGACUUAAUAGAGAUAGGGAUAGAUUAGAAAAAACUAAAUCCAAACUGGAAGCGAAAAGUUCAACGGAAAAGUUGAGCAAGCCAGUGAAUAGUUCAGUAGAUAGACCGAAGUUAAAUGCUAGAGAGCAACCACUGAAACAAGAAGUGAAGAAAAGUAUAGAUUUAAAGAGUCAAAACACAUAUAGGAUAGAUAAAAAUCAAACAGAGAAGAAGAUAUCGAUUCCAAGUAAAAGUGGCGAUACGAGACAGAGCAAUGGUUACAGCGCGCAAGGAAAACCUGCGCCUAAGAUGAAUAAAGAGUUACCACAACGGAUUGAUAGGGAUAAACUUUUACAAGCUAAACAGAAAAUGCUCAGUAAUGUACCAAGCAAAAGUAAUGGGCAUGUGAGACCCGAGGGUGCCAAACGCUUGCAAGAAACCGGCAGAGAAAUGCCAGCUAAAAGGCCAGAAGACAAGAAGGCAGUGCCAAAUCCAAAGUCGUCUGCGGGACCGAGCAAGCCCAGUGUCGGGAACAGCUUCGACUUUGACAAGCAUGUUAACUCCAUUGGUAAGAACGGCGGCCGACAGUUCCCGCCUGGCGACGUGCGGAGAAAACCUCGCCCUGAUGAUUUGAAGCGGAAGAAACGUCGUGCGGUCGACUCGGAGUCAGACUACGAUUCAGAAAUGGACGAUUUUAUCGAUGACGGAGAUGAGAACAUAGAUUAUUCUACGCACAUCAAGGAGAUAUUUGGUUACGACAAAUCUAAGUAUCGAUACAUGGAUGACGACGAUGAUCCAAUGAUGGAAUCUAGUUUCGCCAGACAACAACGAGAAGAGUACAUUAGCAAGAAAAUUGGUAUAAUGGAGGAUUUGGAGGAUAUGCGUAUGGAAGCAAUGGAGAAAAAGAAAACUAAGAAGAGACGAAUUAGUGACGACUGAAAGUUACGACGUGCACGCACCGGACCAAGAUUAAAGUAACUAGCUUUUGUAUAACGUACAUUGUGAAACUGCCCGCCAGUGGAUGGCCGAACCCAAAUGUGAUUUUAUUAUAUGAAUAAUAGUUUAUUUCAUGAUUAUAUAUACGCCAAUUUAACAUCUCAACUGUACAGAAAACUUUGUUAGCUUAAGGGGUACUUUGGUUAAAUGUAACGCAACCUUUUAUUUACAAUAAUCGGGGAACUUUUGUACUUUUGUGUUGUAAUUAUAGCUCUUUUUAUAGAAAUAAUAAUGAUAGGUUUUUCCUUUCAUUGUGUGGUAGUUAACUGUGAGUUAAAUACGCAACAUGUGUUCACAUAAAAUAGUAAAAAUAUUUGAUUUUCUAUCCACAUUUGAGUUAUUUUCGAAGCUUGGCAGAUUUUGUCCCAAAUUUCGUUGUUCUGAAAAUAGAUAAUAAAAAUAUUAGCAAUGAAGUAGACAACCUCUUCUUUAAUUAACUAUUGGAUAACUCAAGGCAUGAUACUAAUGAUAUCAAUGAUACGAUUAAAACAUUUUUUUUCUCUAAAUUAAAUUCCUUGAUAAAUGUACUAAGUUUCCGACAUAUGUAUGGGUCUUAAUGAAUGUAAAAGUAUUAGCUAUGUCCUACACAACUUUGGUAAAGAUGUGAAUGAGCUUUAUAAGUUUGCAUUUUUUUUGCCAUUUGGAAUAUAUUUGUGUGCUUCAAUAUAUGUAUAAAUGUUUGUUAUAUUGUCCUUGUUAAAAUUCUAUCAGUUAUUAAUGGCAUGAAAAGAAAUAACAAAAAAAUGUUAUAAAAUAUACAUACCUUUUAAACGCA